AUGAAUGGAUCUAAAGAAGUGAAUGCCAAGGAAUCUGUUCCAUUGGGUUUAAAGGCAAGAAGUAUGUCAUUUCCUAAACUAUUUGGUCGUUCAUUUAAAAAAAAUAACCCACCAAUUUCCAAUUCUACUGCUGCCUCUAAUCUCACGCCAUCCUCCUUAUCUUCAUCAUCAUCAUCGCCUUCUUCUUCUUCUUCUUCUUUAUCUUUUUCUAUUCAUGAAUCUCAAGCUAUACGAAAUAAUUUUAAUUCCAUCGGUAAGAAACAUGCAAACAGUGAGGAUUCAAAUAAUCGUAUUGAUCCAAAACAUCCAACACCAAAAACAAUUGAGAAUCAUGUUAUGAAUCAGGAUAUAUGUGAGUCCAACAACGUUGAGAAUAUAACUAGAUUUCAUAGAUUUAAAAAUAUUUUUAGUAGUAAUAGCACAUCUGCAUCACCCACUAUGACAACAACCAAUAAAAGUAACUUAGAUGAAAAUGGAAAAACCAUUAAGAACGACAAUUUGGAUGCAGAACAGUCGAGAACUGGUCUAUCCAUAUCCAGCAGAUUGAAAGGUCGUUUACCUUCGUUCAAUUACUUUAAUAAAGAAUCAUCAAGCUUACCAAUUGUAAGUCCCUCUCGUCAAAUUAAUCAUGAUGUAGCACAACUACGUUCGAGUCAAACAAGUGAAGAGGAUAUUGGAGAACCUAUAGAAUUGGUCCAAGAACCUUCUAAUAUAGGUAGGAUAAUGGGUAUUGACAAUGAAAUGGGUGAUACUGUUAGUCCAAUAGGGAAAGCACAAGUGUUAGAGCAAAAAGAAGAACAAGAAGAUUAUUUUAGUAGAAGGAGAACACCAUCUGCACCACUUCUUUUUAGUCAUGGUAAUUAUAACUCUAACAUUAAUUCACCUAGUAUAUUAUCUACUCCCACAGGGGACAGUUCAGUUGGUUCAUCAAAUAUGUCAUUUAGUAAUGGCAAUCCUUUUAGAAAUCAAAAUAUACAGCCUUUAUCGCCAUCACAUGAAAUCACAAAUUUAACAAAUAGUAAAGCAAUAUCAUAUUUCCCUUCCCAUUCUCUAACAUCAGCUACAUCAAAUAACAUGAUUGCAGCAACUGGUUUUAUUCCAAAAAACACUAUAAGCAAUCAACAUUUGGCAAACUUUGGUAACUUAUCUUUGCAUCCUCGGUCAUUAAGUAAUAUAUCUUUAGAUAACAUUACAGAAAAUGAAGCAAUUGAUACAUUUGAUGAUAAAAUGAAUUCAGGUGUUAUAGCUACAUCACCUUUUAAAAAAGCAUCUUCAAUUGUUUCUUCACGAAUGAAAUUGUUAGAUACCGCUGUGGAAGAAAUGAAUAAUUCACCAACUAAAAAGCCGUUACCAAUCUCCAAUUCCGAGACUAAAUUAGACAACACUUAUUAUCAUGGUGGAAAGGAAGAUUUGGGGAAUGUUAGGCAUCUUCUAUCAGAAUUGGACGAACCCAAACGUUCUUAUCGUUUAAGAACUAAAUCUUUUGGUAAUAAAUUUAAAAAUGCUGUUGUUACACCUCAGUCUUUUGAAAAAAUUAAAGUUCUUGGAAAAGGUGAUGUUGGAACAGUGUAUUUGGUUAGAGAAAGAAAGACUGACAGAUUAUAUGCGAUGAAAAUAUUUUCAAAGAGUGAUAUGAUUAGACGUAAGAAAAUUAAAAGGAUUCUUGCAGAACAAGAAAUUUUAGCAACUAGUAACCACCCUUUCAUUGUGACACUAUAUCAUUCUUUUCAAACUGAAGAUUAUCUAUACUUGUGUAUGGAAUAUUGUAUGGGUGGUGAAUUUUUUAGAGCUUUGCAGACAAGAAAAACCAAAACAAUAUGUGAAAAUGAUGCUAGAUUUUACAUUACGGAGGUUAUUGCAGCCUUAGAAUAUUUACAUUUACUUGGAUUUAUUUAUCGUGAUUUAAAGCCUGAAAAUAUUUUAUUACACCAAUCAGGACAUAUUAUGCUUUCUGAUUUUGACUUGUCAAUUCAAGCACCAAAUUCCAAGACACCGCAAAUUAUUAAGACACAAGACUCUUUAGUUGAUACAAAGAUUGAUGGAUUCAGAACUAAUUCCUUUGUUGGAACUGAAGAAUAUAUUGCACCAGAGGUGAUUAGAGGUAAAGGGCAUACUGGUGCUGUUGAUUGGUGGACACUUGGUAUUUUAUCUUAUGAGAUGUUGUAUGGAUUUACACCUUUCAAGGGAGAAGAUGCAAAACAGACGUUUGCUAACAUUUUGACAAAAGAUAUUGCAUUUCCAAAUAAUAAUGAUGUAUCUAGAACAUGUAAAGAUUUGAUUAAAAAAUUAUUAGUCAAAAAUGAGGCUAAGAGACUAGGAUCAAAAUCUGGAGCUGCAGAUCUUAAAAAACAUCCUUUUUUCAAGAAAGUAAAAUGGUCUUUUUUGAGAAAUCAAGAACCUCCAUUAAUUCCAAUUUUAAAUGAAAGUGGUUACGAAUUUAGUAGUUUGUCCAAUAAUAACAAUAAAUCCUCUAGAGGAACUGAAAGAAAUUCUGAAUCAUAUAUGGAUGAAAAGGAUAUUUUCACAGAAGAAAUUGAAUAUGAUGAUGAUGUGGCGGACGAUGAUCCUUUCCAUGAUUUUAAUUCUAUGAGUUUAAUGACACCGGAAAAGGAAAAUGAACCCAUAUUAUUUGGAGAUAAUACUUCAUAUGGUAAGAUAUCAUAUGCUGUUAAUACUAAUAGAUCUAGGUCUAACAGUAAUAGGAAUUUUUUUAGAAGGUAG